CUCUUUGUUCGAGUCCAAGACCACAAAGUUUCGCACUUUAGACUCCAUGCAAGAGGUGCGAACCAAGUGCCGCCAGCAGUUCACCCGAAUGAGUGGAUGAUUUUUAGUUUGACAUUGCCGUCCCAAUGAGGAGAUUGUAAUUGAGUUCUCAUGACUACUAGGUUUCUAAGUUUUGAACUUAUUUGUCUUGCGAGUUGAAUUAUCGGCAGAUGCCUCAACCGCGAUACCCCCGGUAUUCAUAUAUAGUACAAAAUGUUUCUCACCAUCCCUUGCGGGAUUUUCUUUUUCUCUCGGCUACAGUAUCUCUACUCGCCUUCAGAAUGAAGUUCUCAUAUCUUCUCCCAGCUCUCUUGGCACUUUCUUCGCACGCCCUCCCAUCACCACCAGCAGAGAAUGUUGAGCUACAAACUCGCGCUGAUGCAAGCUUAGUUGGAUAUCUGGGAGUAUUUUUUCUUGGUAGCGCACCAAACGUGUAUUUCUAUCUCAGCAACGGGAACAAUGCUUUCUCCUAUAAGGCUUUGAAAGGUGGGAGUCCAAUCCUGGAUCCGAGCCUUGGGACCGGAGGCGUGAGGGAUCCGUCGAUUGUGAGUGGUGGGGGUUCGGAGGCGGGAAAGAAGUGGUAUAUUAUUGGGACGGACCUGGAUAUCGGGAAGACAACAUGGGAUGCGGCACAACGGAAAGGCUCUCUCAGUAUCUACAUCUGGGAGAGUACUGAUCUUAUUAACUGGGGAACCGAGAGGCUCGUCAAAGUCGAGAACAACGAUGCCGGCAUGGUAUGGGCUCCCGACGCGAUUUGGGAUUCAAGCAGAGGUCAAUACCUCGUCCACUGGGCUUCCAAAUUCUACUCCUCCUCAGACUCCUCACACACCGGCACCCCAGGCCCAGACAUAAUCCGCUACGCUUACACAUCCGACUUUCGCACUUUCAGCAGUCCCCAAACACUCAUCAGCGCCGGCAAAACAUCGAUCAUCGAUCUCGCCUACGUCCAACUUGGCUCGAACUCCUAUGCCCGCUUCUUGAAGAAUGAGAGCGCGACGAAUGUGUAUAUGGAGAGGUCUGAUACGGGAUUAUUUGGGACGUGGACCAGGCCAGGAGGUGGAACGACGUUUAUUCAUAGCCAGGUGGAGGGCCCGUAUGCCUGGAAGGAUAAUGCUAUUGAGGGGAGGGUUAAUCUUUUGCUCGAUUGUAAGUUGAUUCAUAUUUGUCCGGCAUGUUUGGGCUUUGGGUCUGAGGAAGAAUUUUCUGUGGACGGGAGAGCAAAGGCUGACAGUAUGCAGACUUUGGAAGCGAUGGGUACAGACCAUUCACAAGCACAAAUAUGAAUGCGAAUGCAUGGGUGGAUGCUGAUCGGAGUGCAUUUCCAAAGAAUCUGAGGCAUGGAAGUGUGAUUGGUAUCACCAAAAACAGAUAUGAUGCUCUGAACGCGAAAUGGGGAUAACCCGUCAAUGUGGGGAUUGUCAAAUCUAGCUGGCCCAAAUCUAGCUGGCCCAAAUCUAGCUGGCCCAAAUCUAGCUGGCCCA